CCAAUUUUUUUUGUUUUCUCCUCCAACCCUAAGUUCCCAACUCAAUCCCCCCCUCCCCAAAACCCUCAACUCCAUCUCCUCCCUUGCUGCCGCCGUUCGGGUGCCGCUGCUGCCGUUCGUCGCCGUGUGGUGGUGCCUCCAGCUACUCGCUUUGUUUUUACUCAUUGUUAUUGUGAAAUUUCACAAUUUCAAAUCUUAUUGAAACUUUGGCAUUUUGUCUGAACCCAUGGAACCGUCUCUCGCCUCUCUGACGUAUAAGGGUUCCAUACCUGAAGCAAUCACUGAAGCAAAGAAGCAGAGGAAACUCUUUGUCGUGUAUAUUUCAGGUAAAAAUGAUGAGUCUAGUUGCUUGGAAAAUUCUACAUGGACUGAUGUAAAUGUAGCAGACUCGGUAGCAAAGUACUGUAUUUUAUUGCAUAUCCCGGAAGAAAGCACUGAUGCUGCAAAUUUUUCUGCAAUAUACCCACAGAAAUCUAUACCUUGUAUUACAGCUAUUGGAUACAAUGGUGUACAAAUUUGGCAAAAUGAGGGCUUUGUCAGUGCUGAAGUCCUGGCGUCCAGUUUAGAGAAGGCGUGGUUGGGUAUUCAUAUCCAGGAAACAACUGCAACUGUGUUGAGUGCAGCUCUUGCUUCAAAUAACUCUGAACCGUCUACUUCGGGGGUUCCUAAUACUGUCUCAACUGAUGAAGGAAGUUCCUCAAGUACUAAUCCGGGAAGUUGCUCAAGUGCAGUUGUUCCGUCGCCUUCAAUAGACACAAAUGAUCAAUCACCUGAUGCUAUAGAUGCUGUCUCUGACACAGUGAAGAAAAAUAAAGUUCGUGAUUGCAGAGUUGAGGACCAAAAUAACGAUUUAGGAUACAAGACAUCUUCAAAAUCAUUUGAUGCUAAUGGGUUAGAGUGUGUCGGGGAUGAACAGUCCAGCUCUCCCAUCAAAUCUGCCCAAGGACUACAGGGUACUGAUAUGGAAGACCUGAACAAUUCUGGAGCUGAUAAUGUUUCUUCCAUUGCUGAAGUUGGUUAUAGUGGCGCUGAAAAGACCACUGUUAAUCAUUCAGGUGUCUCGGGAGAAGCUUCACAAGCAUAUGGUAGUGAAAAAAAUGAAGCUCUGCAAGUUGAAAAGGGUGAAGUUAAAGAUGAUAAGAAGGUUGAUGCAUUUGAGAAGUGUACGGAGGUCAGCAAAUCAAGUGAUGUUCACUUGAAUAUCCGAUUGCCCAAUGGUGUCAGCCUGAAACAGAAGUUUUCUGUGACAAGUACUAUGAGAAUGGUCAAAGACUAUGUUGAUGAAAACCAAGGAACUGGUAUUCGCACUUAUGAUCUAGCCAUCCCUUAUCCUCGCAAGGUAUUCUCUAAUCAAGAAUUAAAUGAAUCGUUAUCAGAUUUGGGCCUGUUUGAUAGACAAGCAUUGAUAGUUGUUCCACAUCAGCAAGGGACUAGUUAUCUGAGCGGGAGAUCUGCAUUCUCAGACCAAAUAGACUACAGAAAUACUGUUAGUUCCUCAAAUGGAAAUAAUGGGGGAUAUUUUUCGUAUGUGAAAGGAUUUCUAUCUUACUUCAAUCCUCUCUCUUAUUUUGGUGGUGGUGCAAACUCAUCAAGUUCGGGACUGCAAUCUAGCCCAAAUUCUGCACGUCAAAACAAUUCCACUGAAAGCACUUCUACAAGUAGUAGAAAUGAAGGGAAAAAAAACAGGCAACCACCAGCAUCUGGUUUUGGAAGUAACAUACACACAUUGAAACAUGAUGAAGAUGAUGAACGGUUCAGCGAUAGAAAUGCCUUCUGGAAUGGUAAUUCUACUCAGUAUGGUGGUGGCAAUGAUGAUGGCAAAUAAGAUAUUCAUGAUAAAUCAUGCUGAGAUUUUACACUCUACUCUGUCCUUAGCUGCUGCUCACUUGUCUGCUUUCUGCUUCUUACCAUAUAUUCGAGUUCGAUUGAAAGAUAGAGAAUUGUAGAUAAUAAAUAUAAGUCAUCGAGGAUCCCAGGCGCUUGCGAAUAGAGCAGACUUUGUUGGGAGAGUUUCAUGUUUGAACUUACAAUUCGAGUUUCAUGUUUGUAAAUGAGUACUUUUUCUCAACGUUAAGGCUCACAGUUCCAUUGACUUUAUCCGGGCUCUCAAAUUUGGGUUUUGUUGGACCUCCAUACCUCGAUAUCUUGUAGACUUGGUUAAUCUGGCCUUUAGGAACAUGAUUAAUAUCCCAUAGUAUGUAUUUAUAAUAGUGAUUGGCAUUGAAAAA